AAAGCAUCAACACAUUUCUUAUCCUCUUAUCGAUGUCUGUGUGUAACUCUUACUUUUAACCGUUGUGCAACAGAGUGAAUAAAAACAAUGCCAAUAUAAUGCAUUGUGUCAAUAACUGUCUAUUGAAAAUCCACCGAAUAGAUUAUAGCAUAGUUUAUACUUGGUAUUCGAAUCAAACAGCUGAAAAAUGAGUAUGGCUGCACAUCAAAAUCCCGGCGCAUCAUUGCCUGCAAUUGAAAAAACAUCAGAAGAAGCAGACACAUGCGUCUUAAAUGUGGACAUAAAAACCAUACGAAGUCACGUCAAAGAUCCGAAAUUUACCAGCCCGUACACCUUAUUGGAAAUCUAUGCGACCAUUAAUCGAAUCAGCGGUUUUGGAAAAAGGAGCCAUCUGAAUUUACGGAGCAUGGACAAUAUCUAUGCAAUCGAAGCGAUCUUCUUUGGAAACAUUCUACUAUUUCAAGCUGGUAAUAUAGUUCGCGUUGUGGGUCAGUUGGUCGGUCAUCAGAGUGGCCAACUAAAAAUUCUCAAGAUGUCAAAGAUUGAUUUCAUCAAAGAGGCUGCAUUGAUCAGUCGUCUAACGGCCAUCAGCACCCUUGAAUUCACUAAAGUACCAAAAUAAAUCGAAAUUGUUCUCUUACUAACAUUAAUAAAAAAUCUGUUCGAAAAUGAAAGGAGGAUGGACGAUAUGGAGAGAGAUCGAAAAAUAUUAUAAAUAAAUCGAAACAACAUCAUUUUUUUAUUUCUUACUAA